CUUGUAAUCAUCAACUCGGAUGCAAUCGUAAGUCAUUCCGGGCCUGCGAGAGGCUGUGGCACUGGUUCGGCGCAGCAGCGCAGUCAGAGGAUGGGACCUGCGUGGACCUACAGCAUACGUAACAUCUUACCCUAGUCCACCCCGUAGCAUUCACAUGCCUGCAGCGGCCUUGAUGUGCCAGCGCAAGCUGUAACUGUUCAUGUCUGCCCUUUUACCUCCUUCCCGGGCAAGACUUGGUGAAUGUCAUGGCUGAGAUCGACCUAGAGGAUCAGCGAGGAAGUAGUAGAAACGACGAUCUGCUCUUGGUACUCUCUGUAUUGAAGCCAAGUGACGAUACAUACGAUGCCUCCUUGAGCCAACGUGCCUUCUUUGAGAAGGCUACAACAAUCGUGAAAAAGAUAUACUGUAUAAACGACGCGUUACAAGAGUUGCUAUUCACCCUCUACGAUUCUUCACACAAUUGUACCUGUUCGCUUCCCAAAGAACUAUGUGACAUCUUCUACCAAGGACGGGACGAUAUUGCGAACACAAUGCGAUGCAUACUGGAUUCCAUGAGUGCGGUCGACGGUGCCCUGCGUUCUCUUGACAGAGCUCUCGGCAACCCCAGUCAUUCCUGGGAGGAAACUUGGCGCUACAUUGCCGAUUUCCGCCAAUCCGCUCGUACCGCCGAAGAACAAUGGCGCCAGACCCGUGCUUACCUUGUCGACGAGUUUACCACCUCGCUUCGAGAUCGCCUAUUUUCACCCUACAACCCCCUCCCCCGUCUAUUCUCCUGGACUGUGUAUCUCAAAUCUGGUGUCAUUUUCCCACCUCUCCAAGCUUGGGGACUCCUCGCCGAAAAAGUGGAGGACAUUUGCGGAGCGAUAGAUGAAGUGCUGGAGAUUGUAGGCGAGGUCGAAUCGUUCAUCCUCAGUGUCCGUCGAAGGAUCCUGCAUGUUCAGUAUGACGCGAAUACUCUAUCACCGGAAUUACGAGAGCAGGUGGAGGCGGCGGGACAUAAGCUUCGGUGGACCUUCACCUCUCAUUAUCUGAUAAUGGAUGACGGUGUUGCGGAUAUAACUUCUAUAUCCGCUCAUAUUACGGACGAGUCUCUUUCGGAACCUCAAGAUUCUUGGUCUCAAACGGUGACCAAGGGAGCAUUGUUUGGAGUGGGUUUCAUGGUCUUGAAGAAUCUCUGGGAGGAAAGUACGGGUGUCCCUGCUUUCUCAUAAAUUCUCUUAAAGGGCAUUUUUUUGUUUCUGUUUCGGAGAGCGCUUGUUGACAGCCAAGUGUAUGAUUACACUGUAGACA